AUGCCUCGUAAAAGUACAGCAGUUAGGAAUGUCACUACAAAACGUCCUGUAACUAGAAGUACAUUUCAACCCAUUAAUGAAACUACGACUACUAUUAAUGAUAACCCUGAAUUAAAAAAAGUCUCUACACUGAAUAUUAUAAAUAAAGACAAAAGAAACAAGCAUGUGAUAUUGAAGCUUGUGGCAACUCCCAAAAAAGAUUUAAAUGAACUAGAUGAUAAUACUUUAAAUAUUGAUGGACUGAAUUCAUGGGAUAAAUAUAUAAAGCUCAAUAAUGAAAAUCAAUAUUAA